ACAAUCGGAGUGAAACGAAAUGUGCACAGCGACGAAGCGGAACAAUUGGUUUCAAUGGAUGAUUGUGCUAUGGUUGCUACUGGCGGUGACCUUGAAGCCGAGUUACUCCCAGCCAGAGGUGGAGGACGAUAAGUCGGAACAUCGUCGAGUCAAGCGUAUAGUGGGUGGCAGAACUGCUAAGGCACCGCCAGUCGAUGAUCCCGUGGUAUUUGCACGUCUCUUUAAUCGCGAUGCCCGUGUCGAAGGUUUUCGUAAUAGCCGGACGGGAGUUUACAGUUUCUUAGGUAUACAUUAUGCAGAGGCUCCAGUGGGGGAUUUGCGUUAUGCCCGUCCAGUCUAUCGACGUCUUGCCGGUGACAUGAAUGCCACUAGGUAUGGACCGCCAUGUAUUCAGCCCCACCCGCAGCAACCUCAACGCAUUAUUGGCAGUGAAGAUUGUCUUCUCCUUAAUGUGUAUACGCCGCAAAUGCCGGAUGAAUCAACGGGCUUGCCUGUGUUUGUUUGGAUACAUCCGGGUGGUUAUCGUUAUGGUUCUGCUGCUCAAUACGAUGCCACUCCAAUGGCUCAGAACGGGGCCAUUGUGGUGGCUCCUCAAUAUCGUUUGGGAUCUCUGGGCAUAAUGGGAGAUGGCACCAAGGAAUUCGAUGGCAAUCUGGCCAUGUUUGACUUGGCAGCAGCUCUGCGCUGGGUCACCGACUAUAUAUCCUAUUUCGGUGGUAAUCCCAAGAACGUUCAGGCCAUUGGUCACGGCUCAGGAGCGGCCAGUGCCAUGUAUUUAUCCAUGUCGAAGACAGCAAGAAGUGCUGGGAAUGUACACGGCGUGGUGGCCAUGUCGGGAACAGCUUUAUCUCAAUACGCCACGGAUAAGGAGCCCGUGCAAAGUGUUCAGGAAGUGGCCAAGAUCAAUGGUUGUCCAGCUGGCAAUGAACUGGAAAUUGUCAACUGCAUGAGAGAGAAAUCCGCUGAAGAGAUUAUCAAGAAUGAUGAUAAAGUGCAAACGGAACGUUUGUUCGGACGUGCCCUAAUCAAGGGUCUUACGGGCAAUGUGGGUUUCCAGCCGCAUAUCGAGGGAGAAGAUGAUGGACGUGCUUUACCCAGCUUGUUGGUGGGCGAUCCCGAACAGCAGCUUCGAAGUGGCAAUUACUCUGGCAUCCCAUUGCUAACAGGAGUAACCAAACAUGAGACUGCCAAUUCGGUGACUGUGGAAACUCUUGACAAAGUUUUUGGUUCAGCUGAAAAGUUUUUGGGUUCCCUCAAUGAUGCCCUGCACAAGUUGACAGGUUUUCUGCGCAUAGAUCAAGUGACUGGCGAAAUAUUGAAACCUGAGUUGCCUGGCCUAACAAGCCUAUUGACCCCAACGCUGCAGGAUGUGUGGAAAGUGCCACAAACCUUGAAUGUCGAUCAAGUGUUGUCCAAAGUUGUGGAGUCGACCACAGAUGUGCUCUUCAAUCUGCCAGCUGUUCUAACCACUCAAGUCUGGUCGCAGUUGGCUCCAGCAUUUAUGUAUAGUUUUGAGUACAAUGGCACCAAGUCCAAGGGAAUAAAUUUCUUACGUGGUCUACCCAUAGUCUCACAAACGGCUCAAGAUAAACCCGAGACUGUCGGUCAUGGCGAUGAAUUGGGCUAUAUGUUUGAUGCAAAUGAUAUUUUUGGUACUCCUUUGGAAGAUACACGUCUCACCAGCUCUGAAGAUUUAAAAGUGCGGCAAAAUCUUAUCAAUAUGUUGGUACAAUUCGCCAAGCAGGGAGAAAAGGAUAGCAAAUCGACAGGCGUUUCAAAACUUUUCCAGAGUGUCACGGGGAAGGCCACACCUUUUAUUAAAAUCGACACCAAACUGGAAACUUCCAAUGAUUUUCGUUUCUGCGAACUAUCUGUGUUGGGUGCUUCACUUUCACCUCUAAGUUCGACAAGUUGCGAGGCCUUUGGCAAUCUUCUGGGUCAAUUGGGUGGAGGACUUGGCAAGACACUUGGCGGAGUUGGCAAUACACUUGGAUUGGGUGGCCUUGGAGGUGGCGGUGGCAACGGCGGAGGCGGCAAGAGACGUGCCGGUGGCACACUUGGCCUGGGUAUUCUCUAAUAUGUAUCUAAGUUUAAUGUUUUGCGCUAGCAAUAAUUGUGAUUGAUUAAAUAUUUAGUCAUUGAAAUGAAA